CCCCCCUCCCCUCUGACCCGGUGUCUAGUCGCUCUGUCUUCCUGUUCCAAACCACGUGGACGCGUCGGGGGCCGCGGUGGUCCCUGUCGCGUUCCCCCGCUCCCGGCCCUCCGCGGACCGCGCGCACAUGGCGACCCAGGCGCACUCCCUCAGCUACGCGGGGUGCAACUUCUUGCGCCAGCGGCUGGUCCUGUCCACCCUGAGCGGGCGCCCGGUCAAGAUCCGCAGGAUUCGGGCCAGGGACGACAACCCGGGCCUCCGAGAUUUUGAAGCAAGCUUUAUAAGGCUGUUGGACAAAGUAACUAAUGGUUCUCGAAUUGAAAUCAACCAAACAGGAACAACCUUGUAUUACCAGCCUGGCCUCCUGUAUGGUGGGUCUGUGGAGCAUGACUGUAGUGUUCUCCGCAGCAUUGGCUAUUACCUGGAGGCUCUGCUUUGCCUGGCUCCGUUUAUGAAGCACCCGUUAAAAAUCGUUCUGCGAGGAGUGACCAAUGACCAAGUUGACCCUUCGGUUGAUGUUCUUAAGGCAACAGCACUCCCUCUGUUGAAACAGUUUGGGAUUGAUGGAGAGUCGUUUGAGCUAAAGAUCUUACGACGGGGAAUGCCUCCAGGAGGAGGAGGCGAAGUGCUUUUCUCAUGUCCUGUAAGGAAAGUCCUGAAGCCUGUCCAGCUCACAGACCCAGGAAAAAUCAAGCGGAUCAGAGGAAUGGCGUACUCCGUGCGCGUAUCCCCUCAGAUGGCAAACCGGAUUGUGGAUUCUGCCAGGAGCAUCCUCAACAAGUUCAUACCAGACAUCUAUAUCUACACAGACCACAUGAAAGGCGUCAACUCUGGGAAGUCUCCAGGCUUUGGACUGUCGCUGGUGGCAGAGACUACCAAUGGUACCUUCCUGAGUGCUGAACUGGCCUCUAAUCCCCAGGGCCAGGGAGCAGCGGUGCUUCCUGAGGACCUUGGCAGGAACUGUGCAAAGCUGCUGCUUGAAGAAAUCUACAGGGGCGGAUGUGUGGACUCGACCAACCAAAGUCUAGUUCUGCUGCUCAUGACCCUUGGACAGCAGGACGUUUCCAAAGUCCUGCUGGGACCACUCUCCCCCUACACAAGUCCCUCAAGUUUGGGGAGUUUGUUUACUUAUUGUUUGAGAGAAACAAGAACUUUUGUUAUCUUCUGGGACCCUGGAACUCCAUUGUCACUGGGACUAGGGGAGAGAUGACAUUACCAGCUUUCCGCUUCUUUUGGAAAGUGGGACAGGACUGAAUUAGACACGCAGUUUAAGACCUUCUCAGCCCACUGGCUUCUGGCUGGGGCUUUAGGUGGCGGGGGACAGAAGACAAGAAAGGCCAACAUUGGGAUCUGACCAAAGAAAAAGCAAGAAGUAUUUGGAAAAUUCAUGGAAGAUGUGUGUUCUAGUUUCAUUUCUGUUGCUGUGAUAAAAUACCCUGACUCAGAACCACUUUGGAGAGGAAAGGGUUUGUCUGGCUUACAAUGACAAGACACAGUCCACUGUUUUGCAGAAGUCAAGACAGGAACUCGAGAAGCCAGGAACUCAAGAAGACAGGAACUCGAGAAGCCAGUCACAUCACAUCUGCAGUCAAGAGCAAGCAGAGCACAAAUGCACUUUUCCUUGCUCUAAGCGAGCUCUCUCCUUGCUCAUACUCUUCAGGGCUGCUGCCACACCUAGGGAAAGGUGUCAUGUAGCUAGAGUUUUCCUGCCUGGCCCACAGUCAGGACAAAUCUCUGACACCCGCCAAUCCCACAGCCAUUCAGACCCAACCAAAUAAACAUAGAGACUUAUAUUGGUUACAAACUGUAUGGCCGUGGCAGGCUUCUUGCUAACUGUUCUUACAGCUUAAAUUAAUCCAUUUCUAUUAAUCUAUACCUUGCCACGUGGCUUGUGGCUUACCGGUACUUUACAUCUUUCUUGUCCUGAUGGCGGCUGGCAGUGUCUCUCUCACCCAGCUUCCUGUUCUCUCAAUUUUCCUCUAUUAGUCCCGCCUAUAUUUCCUGCCUGGCCACUGACCAAUCAGUGAUUUAUUCAUUGACCAAUCAGCAACACAUUUGACAUACAGACCAUCCCACAGCAUUUCCCCUUUUCUUUUCUUAAAAAGGAAGGUUUUAACCUUUACACAUCUCUAAAGUCAGCUUGGUAUAUUUGGGAAUUUGGGCGUAGCUUCUCUUACUAUUUCCUGUUGGAGGGGGGCGCUGUAUCUUCUGGGGAAACAAAGAAAAUUUUAGGAUCAUGGAGUAGUCCGUGAGGCUGUAUCAUCUGAGCCAGUUGUCUUGAAACCAUUUUGGAUGUUGGAUCAUCUGGGCCUUGGUGUCACCUUUCAGGGGGUCUUGGCUGGUCAAACCUGAUGUAUCUUAAUCUGGAACAAAUCCAUAGCCUCUGGCUUUCUGUGGGAACAAAAGCAGAAUCUCCUUUCCAAAGCAACAUAUCCUUAUAUCCAAAUUUUGAAGUCAUGGUAUCUUUAAAAUAUACAUAUUGGUUUAACUCAACAUGUUUUAUGAUCAAAUGUUUUUCUGUAGUUAAAAAUCC